AUGUCUAUGAAGCGUGGUAGGAGGGCUGUAAGUGCUAGUUUAGAGCCUGAGAAUGAACGACCUGCCUGGCAGGUGUUUUGUGCUGAAGAUACGCUUGUACAAUGGCAUAAAUUGAAAAAUGUGGAGAGUUUAGUUUUAAGGGCAAGGGAACGUAUUGGUGAAGAUCUUUUCAAAACUUGGAGUUACCACGUAGUGAUUAGUUGGUUUUACAAAGUUUGUGACUCUUUUGUUACUGCCAAUUAUGCUGGUGACAUUGAAACUUUUAAGCCGUUUUGGAAAGAUGUCAAAUUCGAUGAAGAAUUACUGCUGCAGGAGUUGUCUGGUUUAGCUGGAGAGUUGACUCUGUGGGAAUCACUUAGAUGGCAUACCUUAAAAAAUGUAGCUAAUAGUAAGGGAGUUUCCUUAAAGGAUUGGAAUGAAUUGGCGCAACAUUAUCUGAAAGAUAGAGGUGACUAUAAAUUUGAAAAAUUGACAUUAGAGGAGCAGUUUCAGGAGGUAUAUGCGAUGAUAAGAGUUAUUGAAAGGAAGAAUCUACCAUUUAGAAAUUAUUUAUUAGCCAAUUUGGAACUAUUCGAAUCGGUAGCGUAUGAAGACGACGAUACCGGUCCCUUGUAUGCAUUGGCAAAUGUGGGGGUUUUAGUUCGUAAAUUAGUCAAACAAAGUCCUCAUGAGAUACAUAUACCGUUGAAACUAAAGAAUUGUACCGUUAGACUACCUCAUGGCCCUAAUGGAUUUGAAUUAGUUCAUUUGGAUUAUAGUGCGGAAAUCAAUAGAUAUUUACAAUCGGUGAAAGUGGAUUAUGAAUUGGUUACACAUAAUUGGGAACAAUUUGCACAAUGUGUAGAAUCAAAUCAAAUUGGUGAACCUUCACCUAAUGUGGAUUACGAAGAUUUGGUUAAUGUUUAUGUGGAACACCAGUUGUACUCUCGAAGGCUAUUACAACAGAGACAAAAGGAUCAUGACAUGGCAGAAUUGUUAACACGUAGGAAAAGAUCUUCAAGGUUGGUCGCUAGAGAGGAAGAAGUUCGUCGUAAAGAUUUAGAAAGUGAAUGGUUAGAUAGAUUGGAUUCUCGAGAUCAAUUUUUACGUGCCAGGAGCCGUUUGGUUAACAGAAAUGUCAAGAAGAUCAAAGAUUGGCUCUGGAGUCAACUGUGGUCAAAUUUCGAAAAAGAUUUAAGAAUUACUAGAGGAGAUCCAAUAUCAAAGGAAGAAGGAAGCGAAUUGACCGCAGACGAUCUUAAAGUAUUGGCACAAGGUACUCGAUAUGUCGAUUGGAUUUGUCCGGUAACUGAAACAGCUGCAGCUGUCUCUACGACUGGGACGGAUGAACACCCAUUAGAAUUACCUCUACAUUGUUGCGUAACGGAGGAAGAUGUGGAACGUGGUGCAGCUCAAGAAGUAGAUGAUCAGAGAUGGAUAUUUAAAUGUGUUGGGGAACCUGAUCUUGACAGUAUAUGGAUUGGGUCACCUGAAGAAGAGCAGGAACAUGCUGCAUUGUUUGCAGAAAAGGGAGGUUCACUUGUAUGUUGUGAAUCUUGUCUCAGAUGGCAACAUUGGGAAUGUCAAUCACAACGACUUUUAUUGUUAUUGGCUAGUUCUCAAGGCAGGGAUUCUCCCGUGACUGCUCGGGAUUUUGGCAUUGUACAACUGGGACACGCUUCUGUGCAGGCAAGCCGUAGAUCAAGUCGAAGAGCCGCCAUGUCUAAUGAUCAGACAACGACGAAUUCUGCAGAUUACAAUGUGGAACAGCAUUACCUAAGACCUACAGAUAAAAGAAAACCUCUAGGGGAAACUGGAGUAUUUAUAUGUGCAUGGUGUUGUUACGAACUGGAGAAACAAUUGAGAGAAACAUUUCCUGCAGAAUUAUCAGCUUUAAGAGCUAAGCAGAGGAAGAAUCGUGAAGAGCGUGAACGUCGUCGUCUAGCUGCUGUUAAUGCAGCAUCACGUACACCAGUCAAUGGGACGUUUUCUGCGGCUGCGACACCCGCACCGCUACCGACAACAGAGUCUUCCGCAACGCCUACGAUGUUUUCUGCCUUCAAUUCAUCCUUUGCGACAAACCCACAGCAAACUCCGAACAAUAUUAAUUCAUCCACUACUAAUGGAGCUGCACAAUUGUCAGACUCAACUGCAUCUGCCACACCGUCAGGAUCAACUACACCUGCAAUUCAAAGGCCUAAUGAGACCGGUCAGACCUUUCAAUAG